AAGCAUAGUGCAGUAGAAGGCUGUCGGCAAGCCAGCCCUGAUCAACUGUAGUACACUAGGUCUUUAGGCCAAGUGUGAAGGAUUGUCAUAGUGUGUAUACACCUGUAUACCCUCACACCUGUACCACACCACAGACGGUGGCACAGUACAGUGGCCUCGCAUUACGAGCACACAUGCUUGAGACAAGGGGUGCUACACAAGUACAUUAACUCAAAGAAGAAAAAAGAUCUUAAUUAUUUCUGUGAUAGAUAAUUACUGUUUAUAAACUUUAUACAUAGAAAGAAAGAAAAAAACGCCUGAUUUCCUUUAAAAUCAGAGAAUGUCUUAUAAUCUGGACUGUAUUUUAAUUUGAUUUACCUGUGCUGUGGAUACUGGAGCUGAAGAUUUGCUACAGCGUUACCUAUAGUUUAUGCGGAACACUAAUCGUGAACAUUGCCAGGUGAUAAUCAUUGUCACUGUGACUAACCUGUACACCAACAAACUGUGAAAUGGAGAAAGUGUGUAUUAACAGUUGUUGUAACCCUGUUAUAUUUAAAAUGAAGGUCAGUGGAUAUAGGUCUAUAUACAGGAUGGAGAGUCUCUGUGUAACAAGUCUCGAGUGCUCAUUGUGAACACUACUACCGUUUACCGAGGCAAUCAACAGCCAAUUUUUUUUGUGUUUCCUUCCUGCCUGCUGUUCAUUAUUCAAGUGUAGUUUUGCAGAGUAACUCACCGGAUUUUCCUGACUUUUGAUUUACUAUUGAGAUUACGCUGGACACUUGCAGUCCACAUUAUUCAAGUGGGCUGAUCACACCUCCAUGGAAAUGACAUUACUUUUUUAAAGUUUUGCAUUUUGACUUUAAAAUUUGACCUUUGAUUUAAUUGUGUUGAGUAUAUAUUUUCUCUGCGCGUCGUUUGAUCUACAUUGUGACAAUGAGUCUGAAGCUGGACACCCCCCACUAUGCUAAUGGUGAUGUACCCCCAUUCUACGGCCCAAACCCCCCUCCCCCUCUCCUGCAUGUGUCUCGGGACCAGUUCUACCACCAUCUGGCUUACUUGGAAGAUGAACUGUGGCACAACAAUUCUAAUGCGGCAUUGCCGCACAAAAAACGUAACAAACACUCGGUCUCUCCACCAACGACUGAGACACGGGAGCAUGUGUCUCCACCAUUGUUCCAAAAGGAUGAGACGACCCACCCAUCCCUUGCAAAACCCGCGGAACUGGACAGUGACAGCACCAGCACACGCAAACGGCACGAGAAACACCUGGCUCGCCAAGCCAGCUAUAGUGAACUCCAUCAUGAAACAUUUCCAAAGUCUGCUGGGAUGAUGAGGAUCUGGGAGCGAAGUCAGUCCCAACCUAGCAGUCGGAGGACCAGUCCCCUAGGGGGCCAGGAGGGGCACACAGACUACAGGGAUGUCAACUCUAUGGUGACCAAACAUAGAUCAUCCCCCUCCCCCCAGAGCAAUGGCAUGAUGGAGAAGGGAGGCGACCACGAAGGUGUCAUCAAUCUGUCCACUGUGACCAAAGAAGGGCCGUCCCCGCUGACACACAAUGGCGACACUCACUCCACAGAGAACGGGCACGUAGAAUCUCAGGGUCAACUACCACAUUCACCUCAUACCAAGGCCACGACAGGAAGUGGGGCUGCUAAACGUAAGACAAAGUCCAAUAGCAUGGUGGAACUUGGGGCGGGACUUACUCCUCCGGGGCCGCACCCCUCUCUGAUGAUGAUGGCAGCCGCCCAGCAUGGACUGAUGCCCCAGCAGAUGCAGCAGCUCCUCCAGCAACAGAACCAGGGUCUAUCUCCUCAGCAACUACAGCAGAUCAUGCAGCAUCAGUCAAUGAUGCUCCAACACCAGCAGCAGCAAAAGCUUCAAGACCAGGUGCUACAGGAGCUGAAUGAGCAGCUGCAGAUGAACAUGCUGCAGCAGUCGCAGCUGAUGCAGCAGCAACAGCAGCCAGACAAGUCUAAGGUCGGGAAAAGCCAACUGCAACACCUUGCACUUCAGCAGCAGCAACUAGUCCAGCAAAUACAGCAGAUUCAGAUCCAACAGCGUCAGUACCUCCUCGCCUGUCUUGUCCAGCCCUUCGGGGUCCCUCAGGGCAUGAUGUCGCCAGGGGAGAUUCAGCAGCUAUGGAAGGAGGUGGCUAGUCAAUCCGGCUUGGAUGAUUCAAUCAUGAAAAAUAACAUCAAUGGUGCUGUGCCGACCUCACUGGGAGGCGGUUUGUCCUCCCUCUCCUUUCCAACCCCGCCCACCAGCUGGGCAACCAAUGGCAUCACAGAAACCUACCUCAACCAAGGCAACUCUUCCCUCGGCCAUUCCGCGGUGCAGGUCAAGCAAGAGCAAACCAGCCCGACAUCGUCCUAUCAUGCACUAUUCCGACACUGCCUAUGUAAAUGGCCCGGUUGUGAUACACAUUGCGAGGAUUACAUUUCUUUCCUCAAACAUUUGAGUGCUGAGCAUAUAUUAGAUGAUAGAAGCACAGCCCAAGCUCGUGUCCAAAUGCAGGUUGUCAGUCAGCUGGAAAUCCAGUUAACUCGAGAAAAGGACCUUCUACAGGAGAUGAUGAAACACUUACAUAUGAAAACUUCAGACAACAAGGCUCAUUCUGGGCUGUCAUCAGAAGGGGGGACACAGAAGCCACUGAACACACACUCGCCUCCCAUCACCUCGUCCAAUCUGCUCAGUCAGCUUCCAAGUCCCAACAAAAUGGUGACGGUAUCCUCCAGCCCGCUUAAGCUGUCCCAUCUGUCUGUCUCAGCCCCUCCGACGCCAGUUGGCCUGGUUGGUAACCCCAUGUCCCUGCCCCUAUUGAUUCCUCCACCCCUUGGCCAGACACCCAUAUCAAAACCGUCGACUCCCCUGUCGCAGGCGUCGUCUCUGCCGACCACACCCACCAGCGCUGGUCCAAUGAGGAGACGUGUGUCCGACAAGUGUAACCUGCCCAUAUCAGCUGAAAUCCAAAGAAAUAGAGACUUCUACAAAAGUACAGAUGUUCGCCCACCCUUCACCUACGCCUCGCUGAUACGUCAGGCUAUCAUCGAGUCGCCACACAAACAGCUGACCCUUAACGAAAUCUAUCAAUGGUUCCAAAACACCUUUGCUUACUUCCGCAGGAAUGAGGCCACAUGGAAGAAUGCCGUGCGACACAACCUUAGUCUACACAAAUGCUUUAUGAGAGUGGAGAAUGUGAAAGGAGCUGUCUGGACGGUUGAUGAAAUCGAGUUCUACAAAAGAAGACCUCAGAAAUUAGGAGGGAAUAUGUCUAAGAGUCCUUCCAUGCAGAGUGAACAUUCUGUGUUUGGUGAAAACCUCAAUGCCAGCUUAAGGGUGGCGCUAGAACAUGCGAACAGUAUGAUGAAUCAUCAAAUGUGUAACGGCAACGUGUCUGUUGACGGAGUGGAAGACCUCUCCAUGAAGUCCAGUCGCAACAGCAGUUCAGACAGUCUAGCCAAGCUAGAACUACCACCCAGGGAUGAGUUAAUGGGAAUCAAGUCGGAGCCCGACAUGGAAGCCGACACCUUCCUGGAGAACGGUCAUUCUCCACUGGACAGAGAGGAUGAGGAAGAGAUGCGAGAUCUCGAGGAUGGUCUGACAGGUUCCGGGGAGGAGUUUGAUGAGGAAGAGGCAGCCAUGGAAACGGCAUGCGAGGACAUGCAAAGAUCACAACAAUCAGUGUCUCCGUACGGACAAUUAUCACACAAUCAGGAGCUUUAUUUACAGUCACUGCAGCCCCAACAAUCACAGACACAGGAAACAGUGCUCUCACCCGUCGUGACCAGUACAAUUGCGUCAUGAGACUGUUUAAGUUGAAACUGUUGUAUUAUUUAAAUUGUGCAGAUAUUGACUGUUUGGUCUUCUUUGUAAGACCAACUUUGUUUUAUUUAGAUCUGCAUUGAUUGACUUGUUUAAGUUGUAAUUCAUUAAGUUAUGAAAGGCGCAUGCAGCAAGGACUUGAUUUCGCUGCAGUGUAUUAUAGUGUAUUAUAUUUCAUGUCUAAGUGAAUCAAAUGGACCUUUGACAAUUUGUUAGCGUGUGGCGAGAAUCAUAGAAUGUGUUAACACUGUAGUGCUCACUAGGGUGUUCUAUUGUUAUAUUUCAAUUUUGAAAGAUUGAAUCAUAAUGAUUUUUUUUUAAUUCUAUACAUUAUAUAUAUAUAUCGUUAAAUCAGGCCAAAGCUAGAAAUUGAUUCCAAUUUUUUAGAAGCUCGUAAUGAUAUGGAUACUUUCCACAGAUGAUUACAAAAACCGUUGUGUUUACGCUAUGUAUUGAAUUGAUAGCUACGACCUUAUCUACCUUGUGACACAGUGCUAAUAAUUCUGGUCAAAAUUUGAUUAUUAUUUCAAAUCUUUGACUACAAUUUCCAUCUUUUAAAAUGUUAAAAGUCUAGUUAUUUUGACAGAUUCCAGUUUUUUGAUUUCGUGAAAAAGAAGAGAUUUAUUAGUCAUUCUAUAAAUACUUUUGGCCUGGUUAUUCAGCUCAAAGCCGUAGCCAUGACUGGAUCUUAUGUGUAACAAAACAGAACUGAGAUCACAGAAUUCAUUUUCACUUUCUGACAUGGGUGUGCUGUUUUGGAGUGCAAUAGUCAACCGAAUCUUGUUGCAAUAUAUAUUUAUUUUUUUCCUCAUUCAUUUUUACUUUUUUUUUUAACUUCUCUACCCACUUCAUACGUGUAUAAAAGUCAUUGAUUAGUGCAGAAGUUGUUUAAAUCGCUUUGAUCCAUAUUUUAUCACAAUGAAAAUUGACCUAAUACUAUUGGGUUAAUCUCAUUGUUGCAUUAAUUCAGUCAGAAACAGGUUCAUGCAAAUUAGGAAUUCUGCAACCAAUCAAGAGCAUUUGAACCAUUAAAGUUCAAAUAUUAAUGAUUUGUUUCCUUAUGUUCAUUUUGUGGUAUAAGGAGCAUCAAGUGCCUCAGACCAGCCGAGAAGAUUUGUUUUUGUUUUUUCCUCCAAGUUGUUUUGAAAUUUCCAUUACAUUUAGUGGAAUAGACUUUUUUUUUUAAAUUAACUCUUAAUUUCCUUACGAGUAGUAACAUUUGAAACUUCAAUUUUUUUUUCACAUAUUGAACAAUCAUUUCACCUUGCUGUUUCUAGAUCUGCUUUUUGUUGAAGUUUGAAUAUUUUUCUUCUUUUUCGUGGAGUUUUGUCGCUGAAGUUUUUGUUUGAAUUUGAAUGCUUGAACUGAUCAAGAUCCUGCCUCACCUUUGUUGAUUACAAUCUGGUAACUCCUGAUGUCUAGCAAUGUAUAAUACUGGUAGGUGUCGUGAUGGAUCACAGGUAGGUUGUUAUGUACUGUAUGAACCCAUCAUCUUACACCCUUACAUAACAAAAACGUAAUCAACACAUUUCAUGCAAAAUUUAAUUUUGAGUCAUCAAAAAAAAUAUUUUUUUGGUUUUCUUAAAUUAAGUUAUUUUUGAUGUGUCAGCGCUGUGCUAUAUAUAUAUUGCAUGAUUGAUACGUCACUGUUGAUAGGUAAGCUACAAUGAACAUUGAUGGAUCGUCCAGGAUAAUUCAAUUCUAUUUAUUUCUCGUAUGCAAAGCAAAAGAGUUUAGAAUUAAUUAAUCAGGAUUGUUUUGUGGUAGUGAAAGAUGACAUGUCGAAAAUUUUAAUUUUCUGAUGUGUAACAUUUGUUUGAUGGUAACCAAACACCUGUAUUUCCUUAGAAAAUGACAAACACUUUUCUAACUCUAUACAGCUACAUGUCAUUGAGUUUCUGUUUUAGAGGUGUUAUAAUCUAUAUAGAGAAAUUAAUCAAUGCAUGACACCUUCAUCAAGAGUUCAUUAAGAGCUAACUAUUCUAUUUAUUGUUUUAGUUCAUUUUUCAUCUGUCAUAUUUUCUCUGAUUUAGAAGUGCAUAUCUAUACAUCUGUUUUUAAAUUGCUGUCCGUCAGAAUUUGUGACAUCUCCUUCCUGUUUGUAUUAAGGAAAUCUGUUAACCAGUUCUUAAUGGAACCUCAUUAUAAUCAUCAAGUUCAACACUUUGAAUAUUUGUGCAUGUAGUUAUUAUUAUUAGCAGUCUUGUUUUCAAAAACCCAGCAGACAUUUCCAAAGCAUUAACUAGUACAUGUAGCUAAUUAUGAAGACUCAGGAUUUGAUAGCAAGGCUGUACAAUCAUCAUGUAUUGUUGUUUUGAUUUUAUUAUAGUCAGCCUCAUACACAAACUGGAUUUACUAUACUUAGCAGCACUAUGGCUGCCGUUUGGUGUGAGAAUUGUUGUCUUUUUGUACAGGGGUUAUAAAAGCAAACACAUUGGUAUAUUCCUAUAAUUGAAAAAAGAAAUUAGGUUAAAACUAAAUUUUGACAAAAUGCUUUAUCUCCGUUUCAAAUGAAAUUUCUUUUAGUUUUACAAUUGAAAUGUUUGAUUUUGUAUCUGAAAAAUAGAUUGCUCUUCCUUUAUUUUGGGCUUUCACACUUUUGUUAUCUGUUGCAAAGUAAUGACUUGAUUUCAAGAUGAAAUAAUUGCCACAUUUAUGGAUGACGGCAGAAGAUUUUGUUUUCUUAGAAAAAAAUUAGAACUGAACAAAAAACUUGUUUUACAAUAGGAUAGGAGUAAUAUUUGAUAACAUGUUACUGCUGACAGCACCCGAGAAGUUGUACACUUUUAAUUUUAUUGUCAGCUUUGUUGAUUUUUUGCAGUUUUGUUUGUUUGUUUUUUUCACUGGUUUGGGAACAACAUUUGUUAGCACAUACAAUACGAAAAAAGAAAAAUUAUUUGCAAGUGUUUUUGUACACCUUUUUAGAAAAUACUUCCCUUUUUUACGCUACAAGUUUCACUGAAAAGGAAAUAGUCAGCUCCCACUGUUUUUUACUCUUUCAGAAGAGAAAAAUCAGACAAUUUGUUGUUUAAAGUCUGGUUUUGUUUACUACGGUACUCGAACAUAUCUUAGAAAAGUAAACAAGCUGCAGUGUGCAUAAAUAAAAACGGCUAAAUCUUGUGUGAAAGUAAAACGUUGUAUGAAAUGAUUUUUUCCUUUAGACAAUAUGUUACUGUAGGUGAGGAGAGUUAGGCAAUUUACCCCUGAUGUGACCUUUGACCUUUUGUUAUUUUUAUCUACUGAUGUGCCACAGAAACAGUGAUGUAUUGAGAUACUGUGUUCAUGGUUUUGAUCCUGUAUAUAUAUAUUUGGUAUUGAGGCGCGGACAGGGACUGGCACCAAUACGUGUGUGUAUAUGGUAGCUUGUGAGAGUGUCCUUAACUUAUAGACCAAGGAGGAGUGUGCUGUCCGAUGUGCUAGGUACAUUUUGUCUACGUGUGCACUGUUGUGUUCGUUUUAUACUAUGUAGAACUAUUUUGGAUCUCAAUUUUGUGUUUUAUUUUUUUGUUCCAUAGAAGUGCAUUGACUAUGGAUUUGUACAAUAGUCCAGUUUCUGUUGACGUGAGGGAUGUACAUAGAUUGUUUAAGACAUUUUUACCGGUAGUCAGAUUGUAAAUUUGAUUACUAGGGGAAAUACUUUUAAGGUAAUAUAUUUCCAUGACUUGUAUAUAUAUGUAUGAAUAUAGAAAGUGCUUCUAUCAGUAUUUUGAAUACAAUUUUUGGUAUUCAAAAUGUAUUCAAUGUAUCAGCCUUCCUGAUAGGCUGAGGGAAAUUCUUGUGUGUUUGUUUGUUGAUUUUGUUUAGAUUUGCAUUUCUACUCAGAAUGAAAUUUCAUUUCCUUAAAAAUGUAAUGAAGGCGGAAAAUCGAAAUUAUUCCAGUGAUUGCAGCUUUACUUAAAAGAGCAUUUGGCACCCACCUUGAUUUGAAAGGUUACCCACAGUAUUGAGAGAGAGAAAACCGUAGUGGACAUGUAGGCAUUAAUAUUCCUUAACAUAAUUUUAAAUGGAUAAGGAAGAUUGUAGUGUAGCUUUAUCGCAAAAACCUCCACAUUCUGUUGAAGAAUGUACAUUUGUAGAUAGGCAGGAAUAGUCCUGCUAAGAUUCUUCCAAUCAUUGUUUACACAUCGCAAUUAAAAAUUGCAGCCAUCAGAACCAAAGUCAUUUUACAUUAUGGAUCUUUGACAGAACAGGACUGGCAUUCGAAUAUAGAUCUAGUUAUCCCAUAAAUCUGACCGGAGAAACAAGAGCGGCAUUAUAUGUACAUAUCAGAGUUUAGCAUUGCAGUAGCCUUCUCCUUAUCCAUAAUACUGUGGCUUUCGUCGACUUGUGGCCAUGUAUUUAACUUUCCUUGUGAGUUCAGUGAUGCCUGGGGAUUACAGGGCUAGAUAUAACUUAACUAUAAACAAGGGAUAAAGGAUCUGAAGAUGUUACAGGGUUUUUGUUAGUUUGCUCCUUUUCAUAUUUUAAUCACGGAUAAAGGUUGUGGAUAAGGAGGUAUUUGCCUUUAGAUAUCGGCUAUGUUGAUACAGUUUGGGAGACUAUAGGCCCCAUCAUUGGAUACUGGUCUGGGAGUAGGUACUCUCACAUUCAGCACUGAACAUAGGGCACUUCCCUCUUAUUUCUCAUGUGUAUUGUUGUAACUGGAACUAUAAACUUUUAAAGAGAUGUAUAUGACCUUAUUUGACAAUCAAACGUUAAAAAUACAAAAGAAGUAUAUAGUCCUUCAGAAGUUGCAUGGUUAUCUACCGGCAGUUGUCAAAACAGCUUGAAAGUAUUAUUAAUCUUUAUGUCUAUGAUGUAUUCAUGUAUCAGCUGUAUAUAUUAUAUAGAUCUCUGCUCUCCUAUUAUUUUGAUGUUUUCUGCAGACUUAGUCUUGCUAGAUUUUCCCUUGAUUCAUGAGAAUUAUCUCCCUUUGAUUAAAUACAAUCAGACUUACCUGGAAGGGAGGGAGGAUCAUUAUUUAUUUCAUUAGAUAGUAUUUGUGAUGUAAGGGAGAUAACUUAUGUUGUCCUCCUCACUACUGGGCUAGGGAAACAGAAUACUGUUUACCUGUUAAAUGUUACUGGGGAUCGAACUGCAGAGGUAGGAAAGGUUGUGGAUGACCUGCUGGAAUCAUUUAUAAAGACACUAUUGCACAUACUAGGUUGGGUUAGACCAUCAUUAUGCUGAAUCCUCAGUAUUUUAUGGUAUGGAGGUAUAGACCCUUCUUAACUCUAAGUAAGGAUAUUUUAAGGGCUGAGUGCAGCUUCAUUGUAAGUAAGGAUAUUUUAAGGGCCGAGUGCAGCUUCAUUGUAAGUAAGGAUAUUUUAAGGGCUGAGUGCAGCUUCAUUAAUUAAAAACAUCCCGGGUAUGGUUAGUAGUGAUAAGUGGGACAGCAUUUGGACCCUACCUAAGGGUGAGUUAAGAAUUGUGAGGACUCUGGGUAUGAGUGAAAGGUCAUUAGAAUCUUGUACCUAGGAGUAAGCAGGACAUCUUAAAUACCCUGGGUGUGAUUGGGACACAUUUUAGCGGGGUGUAAUUUGAACCUCUUAAAUAUCCUACCUGAGUGUGAUUGUACACUGAUUACCAUCAUACAACCUCUGUAGGAGAAGGACAGCGUUCUGACACAGAAGGUUUAGGGCUGUCAUAACCUCACUUUACUUUGGGUGUUGGUUGCCUCUGUAGGAGAAGGACAGCGUUCUGACACAGAAGGUUUAGGGCUGUCAUAACCUCACUUUACUUUGGGUGUUUGUUGCCUCUGUGUGCCAUCUGUCUAGUCACUUUGUUUGCCCUCUAAUUUAUUACAUCAUUUGUGCAUAAUGUUGACAUAUACUUGAGAAAUUGUUUGUUGGUAUGUCUCAGGAAAAAAAUGGAAAAAACACAGGUCUUUGUUUUUAUAAAAAAUAAUGUUUUUAAAAUUGUAAAAAAAAGAAUGCUGGCUAAGGUCUUCAAUUUGAACUGCUGAGUUAUGAACUUGUGCAGUUAAUGUGCAUUUUGUUUUUUAGUUUUCCUCUGAAUGAAUAAUUUGUCAUAUUUUUCAUAGAGAAACAGUUUUAUUGGGCACUUUUUUCGGUGUUAUUAAGUCAUCAACUGUUUUAAAUAUAUUUAAGUUGAUUUAUAUGAUCACAACAUGGUAACAGUUACAUGUAAGUUACCAUUGAUCAUGUGAUCAGUCAUGUGACAUUUACAAUUGAUCUGUCAUGUUACAAAGGAUCAUGUGAUCAGUCAUAUGACAAGUAUAAUUUGAUUAAGUGAUAAUUGCACUUCAUUAGGUGACUGUAAAACAUUAUUUUUCCAUUUACUACUUUUGCACAAAUGUUGACUUUUCUUUGGACCAAUGACAGCAGUUGUUUCAUAAUUCUCAUUCAACCAUCUGUUGUUACAUCAUCCAAUCACAUCAGCCGUUACAUCAUCUCCUCAUAGACCGGUGCAUUCAUAUUUCAUCAAUUUCCCUUUGUCUGACACAGUUUGUAUCUAUUCUUAUGUCAUUUUCAAACAUGAGUAAUCAUUUCCAGAGUAAGAAUUAAAAUUGCAGUAUGCUGGAGAAAAA